GUAAAAUAUUUGAACUAAACCAAAUGAGUGGUGUUGAGAAACCAAUAAUUUUAAUUUGCUGAGCUUUAUCUUCCAUGUUCAGAAAAUUGUUCUUACGGUUUUGAUUCUUGAAACGAGUUAUUAUGAGUUACCUUCAAGUUUUUAUUAUUGUAAGGCUAAUUCGUAUGCGUAUGUUGAUCUGAUGGAUUAGAAGUCUUUAAUCCCAGGUAUUUCUCAUUUGUUUAUUACAUAAUUGGAUUAUCAAUAUUAUAUUAAUAUUGUUUAAAUGAUAAGAAAUAUCCUGAUACGAGGGAAAAAUGUUCCGUUUUUAAAAGGAGAGAAUGUUCUGAUGGAUCAUUUCAAUAAGGUGGAGUAGGCCAAGAAAUUUUAAAAUUAUUUAAACUCCUGGGAACAGUCAAACGUUGAAGUCAAAUAAAUAGAGGUAUCUUACGUGUACAUGUUUGGAUAAAAUGUUGGUUUUGUCAAUUUAGUAGUUGAUGCAUAUUUGAAUGGAAUCAGGUUGCCAGGCUUCGUAUUUCUGAGAGGAGAUGCUGUAGCAAUUCUCUUGUUAGUCAAUAAGAAGAUGGUGCUUACAUAACAAUUUAGAGUGCCAGUUGGUAAAUUUACAAUAGAAGCACCUGCUGGCAUGAUGGAUGAGCAAGGAGACUUUGGAGGAGUGGCAGCAAAGGAGAUAAAAGAGGAAACAGGAAUCAGCAUUUAGCAUAAUGAGAUGCAGUAUUUAUAGGAUAUGCUUGUAUCUCCAGGAGGAAGUGACGAAGUGAUUCAUUUGUUUGUUGUAGAGAAGAAUAUGGAAUAGGCAUAAUUAGAUGAGUUGUGUUAGAAGACACAUGGAGAAGAAGGAGAAGGAGAAUAAAUAAAGUUAGUAAUCCAAGAUUUUACAUGGGAAAAUAUAUUAAAGACUUAGGAUUCUAAAUUGAUAGCAGCUGCGGCAGCUUAUUAUAGUAAAAAACAAUGAGGCAUAUAUCAUAUUUAUUAAAAAUGAAAUUAUGUGGUCUAAACAGGAGAAUCUAA